AGAUGGACGGUUAGGAACUCGUUGCUGAUAGCUAAACCCUUUUUCACUCUGCAGUGCGUGCUCGACGACUUCGGGUUUUUCAUAGUCUACGAAGAUCUUCCUCUCUCUCUCUCUCUCUCUCUCUCUCUCCCCAGUUGUGUUUGAGCCAAGCUCGUAAGGUCUUUUCUCAAAUGGCAGACUCGAAACAAGCACUGAGGAAACCAACCUUCACAAAGGUCGGGCAGCUCCGCCCAAGCACCUCUGGUCACACUCUCACUGUAAAGGUUGUUAGUACUAAGAUGGUAUUGCAGAAGGGACGUGCUGAUGGCCCUCAAGUACGCCAAAUGCGAAUUGCUGAAUGCUUGGUUGGCGAUGAAACGGGAAUGAUAAUCUUCACAGCUAGAAACGAUCAAGUGGACUUGAUGAAAGAGGGUUCGACUGUAACCCUGCGGAAUGCCAAAAUUGACAUGUUCAAAGGAUCAAUGAGGCUUGCUGUGGACAAAUGGGGCCGAGUUGAAGUUGCUGAGCCUGCCAGUUUUACCGUGAUGGAAGAUAACAACCUUUCACUCAUUGAAUAUGAACUUGUCAAUGUUGUUGAAGAGUAACUUUUCUGAACAGAAUCGGGUUCUCUGGUGACCCAAAAAGAAAAAGAAAUCCAAUGAAGAAAAGUUCUGUUGUUAUAGCAUCAAAUAUCGAAAAUGUUCUUGAAAGUGCAUUUUAGGAAGAAGAAAUCUUGAAGCUAGUACCACCCAAGUCGUUUCCUUACUUUUGCAGCAAAUAGUUUAUGACCUUUGGUUGUACUGCCAAAAUAGAUGUUGAUGGCUGUAAGUUGUUGAAGAUAAGGAAGCUGGCUUUUGGACUUUGCUUUGUCUUGUUUACUAUCUAUUUUAACUCUUUGGGAAGUACAGAUGAGACUUAUAUUAUAAAAUGUCUAAACAUUUUGCUGUGUUACUUCA